GGUGUGAGAGGUUAAUUUCUGAAUGCUGAGAGUGAAGUGAGGAAACAGAGGAUUCAGUGUUCAUGGAUGAAAGAGAGAUUUAAACCUCCGCAGAGUUUGUGUGUCUGUCUUGUACGUUUGUGUGGCCGUGUUGUGCGUUCGUCUCUUAAAGGGUGAGAUGCUCGGAGCGUCAUGUCGCUGGAACUUGCUGUCAGGUACAAAAAACAGAGCAGGAUGGAGGAUCAGGACAGAGUCAGUCAGGCAUCCAGCGUUGCCACAGUGUCCUUCAUGCCAACCAGAGACAAGUGUCAUGAAAAGGUGCAGACGUUUGGAAAGAGAUGCCAGGCAGUGAAGAGAGACCCAAACUGUCCUGUGGUGAUCAGAGGAUGGCUUUACAAAAGAGACAGCACUGGGUUGAAGUUAUGGAAGAGAAGAUGGUUUGUUCUCUCAAAUUACUGCCUGUAUUAUUAUAAAGACAGCAGAGAGGAGUCGGUCUUGGGCAGUAUUCCUCUACCCAGCUACAGGAUUCUGUACUGCUCACCUCGAGAAUGCAGGAACCGCAAAUAUGCAUUCAAGAUUGUUCAUCAGGGGAUGCGCCCGUAUAUCUUAAGUGCAGACACUCAGGAGGAUAUGCUAGGUUGGGUCAGGGCUCUCAGCCAAUCGGCAAACAUGGAAGCUGAUGACAUCAUCAACAGACGCUGUAGCAGUUUUCAGGACUUUACUCAGAUGAGAGAUGACACAGAAAUGGAUGAGGUCCAACAGACACCAACGUUUCCAGAAAGAAACGCCCAGAUGGCAGGAAAACUGACCCGGGUACAGACAGAACCAACUUUGCAUGAUCAACACAUGAUGGGAAUUCAAAUGAAGACACCGGAGCUGAGAGGAAGACACGGAUUCAAACUAUGUGAUCCUGAAGCUAUGCAGCCCUCUCAGAGUUUGGGAAAAACAGAUGAAGAGCCUUUUACCUUCCUACUUCCGAGAGAUACCUUGGGAACGCUACCUCCUUUUCCCAGAGAUCAGUUUGGUUUGCAGUGUCAUGGUAAUAUUGACGGCUGGCCGAUGGAUAACUGCUCAAGUGCUCCUCUAUCACCCUGCAUCUACACAGAGAGAAGACAUCUGCCCGACACUAGUUUUCCAUGUGCAUUGUGUUACUGUUCAAACUACCACACAGCUGAACACAUGACACUGUGUAAGAUGGGGAAAUCAGACGUUCACAUAGAGAGAGAAAUACAACCAAUCAGAGAUCUGGAGAAUGAUACAGAUGUGGUGCUGACCCGUUUGUGUGGUUGUGAUAAACUCUUACAAUCACUCUCAAAGCAGUUGUCUCAGCUACAAGCAGAUAAAAAAAGUGUCGAGUACACUUUAGAAAUGAGAUGGCUUGAGAUGAAUGAGAUGCAUCCUGAGGAACUAAAAGUAUCCCAGAAGGCUUUGCUUCAGGAGGAACUGGUUACACUCAGAGCCAAAAUAUGUGAUGUGUCAUUGGAGAUGGACCGACUAUGGACCGAUUAUGAACGAAUGGAGAGUGAACUCUCUGUGUUUCAUUCACAUCUCCAACACAUUUUACAUUUUGGAUCACCACAGGAGCAGAUUCAAUCCCAGCGACAGCUCUGGAUGAUGGAGGACAUCUUGUGCGGUUUGGGAGUCAAUAAGAACCGCUUCAUGGCAUUAAUGGGUCUACAGACACAAGCAGUUCCUCAUCCAAAACCUGUUUCCUACUUUGAAGGAGAGUUCAGAGGUCAUGACAUGGACUGCAUGACUCAACUUGAGCAGCAGGACUUCACGAAAGUUCACCAGAGCUAUACGAGAUGCCCUCGAGACAUCUCUGCCGGUGACGGUCAGACCAACACUGAACAUGACACCAACCUGCACAUGUCCACCGAAGUCUCUCACGAGCCACUGCGUUUGACACGUGUGGUAACAUCGACCCUCCCGACAUCACUCAUUGCCGAGCGCAUUUUUUUAGAGGACCCCUUGUCUGAACAAAUCCCCCAGCAGUCCGGUCUGAAAAACAGCAGGAUGAGCAACCUGAAGAAACCUAACAAAAUGUCCCGCGAGGUGACCGACAAGACCAGACGCUGCCGAUGGGCUGAUCUUUCAGAGGAGAGACAGCAGAAAACACUAAAUCCAAACUGCAGAGUCAAAGAUUCUCAAGAGAAGGAAUUUCCUGCAGUGACUGAUGGGAAGAGCUGGAAAUAUCACCAGCAGCAGCACGAACCCGGAGCCUUGAGUCUCACGAACAGUGAGUCUGACGGUGAGCUCACCAUGACCUCUCAGAAACCAGAAAAUAAAGUCAGACACAAGAAGCGUGAGGACAGAAAUCGAAGUGCGGCCACAGGACACUUCACAGACGACAUUCAUCGCUUGGGACUUAUUACAGCCAAUGAGAAAGAGACUGAUACCAACAAGUGCGCAGCAGAUUCUGCCUCAAGUAAUAGCUACAUCACUGACAGACGCAAAAUUCAGAGCAAUAGCACAGAGGCGGGCGCUCCAAUAACCCCUCAGUCUGAUGACGUAAAAGUGUCCACUAAAUUAGAGAAUAUGACAUCACAACAAUCUUCUCGCAAUGACAUCAUCGUCAUAGAAAGCCACUCCAUCAAUCAUGUUUCAACUCUUACUGUGUUUAAAGGACAUCAGAGAAAUAAUCAAACACACAAACCUCAAAAGAAGAACCGAAGCUCUGAUGGACAAAAGUUCAGCGUUUCCACUAAUCUGAAAUCAGAGUGCUUUCGGUCGAAAAGGCAAUGGUGCGAGCUCGUCCCCGUCUACCGUAAGAAUCCGAAACCUCAAGCAUCUCUCCUGUCUCUGGAAAACCAAGAAACCAAUCAAAACCAAAAUGCUGAAAACACCUCAACUUCUGAAGAAAGCAAGUUAGUUGGACCUUUACAUCCAUCUGGUGAUCAUGAGGGACAAAAUGGAGUAGACUUAGAGAAAGACCAGAGUCCUAAAGAAACACUCACAUUGACAAAACUCUGGGAAACCAAUGGAAAAUCCUUCAAUGACCACAAUCGACCGAUAGACAUUCAACCAAUCACAACAUCUGACGAUCAAUCGACAUGCACCACUGACCAAUCCAAACCAGACCAGUGCAUCUAUGAGGAAAUCCAGAUGAUCUCGCCCACAUCAGAAAAUGCUAGUGAAACACAAACAUCAGUAGAUGAUGAAUCUCACUCGCUGAAAUCCGCCACUAAGGUUAAUGGAGAGUACAACACAUUGAAUAGAGAAGGUAGUAGGUGUCAAGAGGUGUCAAAGAGUAAAACAGGAAGUGAAGUCACAUGGAAACGAGAGAAGGGCCAGAACGUUUUUAGCUCUGUCAUGAAGAGUUCUGUUGUCAAUCAUCAUGUGCGGGAUUGCAGGCCACGGAUUACCGUUGUAAGCACCAGUCUGUAAACUGUUAACUUAAGAAAGUUAAAGGGUAAGAAUCAGUUUGAGAAAAAAAAUAUGUCUGAACAGUAAGUCAAAGCAAGGUGAAAUGAUUGAAUAAGAUUUUCUUUUACGUCUAUUGUGAACUGUGUAGUGAAAUAGUAAAUCAAUCAGAAAAGCAUACGAACUUUGGAGGAAUAAAUGAAAGCUCAUGAACUGCAGGUUAUAUAACUGAGGUGCUGUUUAGGGGGCGUUUACACCAAUGCGUUUAAACCAUAGACUGUAAAAAAUAUAGACGUAGUGUCCUUGACGUCAACCAUACGUGAAGAGCUUUUUUGAAGUCAAUUGUUGGCGGAGCCUGCCAUCGCCAUCUUGGCAGCGUCCUGUAAAAAGUGAAAAGUGAAGCCAAAACUUCUCGAUCGCCCCCCAGUUACUUGUCCCAGUAUAGGUCAUAAACCCCACCUCCCCCGUGUUAUUCAAUGGGACUUGAGACCAACAAAACAAUUUUUUUACACUUCAAUUUUUUUCCGAAGCUGGUUUCUGUCAUUUACUGUAGUUUUUAUCACUCUUAUGUAAAUACAAGUGUUUGUUUUUAAUAUAAGUUUGUUUUUAGUUAGUUAUUUAAUGAUAUAAAAAUGGUGGUGUCACGUCUGCGAGAGCGAGGGCGGGGCCUUGAUUUCACAGUUUUACUUCCUGCUCACUACUGCGCAGGACUGGUCCGAAAAACGCUACUUUACAGACUUAAGACCAAAGAUGUCAGCGCCGUAUCGGGGGACACUGAUGGCUUCACUUUUCACCAAUGGAAGAGAGCGAACGGUCGUCGUCCAUUUUUUUUACAGUCUAUGGUCACCAUGCAUCACUUGCAGAUAACCGAAAAUGGGUAAAGGGGCGGAACGUGCGUGGGCCUAAGGUGACUGGUUGCUGAAAUCAAGCCAGCGUAGCUUGACGGUAGUGACAGCAACUUACCCAAUUUAUAAAAAAAACUGAAGCAAUUUUUUUUUACUAAUUUUAAACUCUGUUUAUGUUUUGAUAAUCGUUCUGAAACUGAUCUCUAACAAAAUUCCUUAACAAAAAUGCAAUUUUCCAUAUGUAACAGUUAUAAGCAGAGAUAAAAUAUAUGGGAUGAAAGUUUUUUUUUACGUUUUGUUUGUUUGUUUGAAAGCAAAGGGUCUGUUCUUUAAUUUGAUGUAUUUGUAUGCUUAUAUAUUUAUAGAGGAAAUUUUUCCUGAAAUGCGUUUUGUGAAACCUUUGUAAAAAUGACAAAAAAUGCUGACGGGCAACUUUAAAAGGCGAAUAAGUUAAUAUAACUUAAAUGGAUGAGUUAUAAAAUAAUUCACCCCCCUCAGAGUUGUUAUGAAGGGCAAAAUUAGCUAUAUAGAACAAAAACACUUUUUGUACCAGGCUGUAAACAUAUUAUUUUCUGCUGUAAAUUUGGGUUUUUUAACAUGGGGGUCUAUGGGGAUUCACUUCCUUUUGGAGUCAGCCUCUAGUGCCCAGUUGAUGAAUUGCAGUUUAAGUCACUUCUGUGUUGGCUUCAUCAGAGGGUUCGGAAGGUUGCCCUGUGGGCGCUUGCCAGCGUUUUUUCAGCUAAAAAGUCUGAAGAGACUUCUGUUUUGUUUAUCAGACGUUGAACGAUAUGCCAUUGAAUGAUUUGUCCUCCUCCACUGAACCACUGCGAACUGAGCGUUUCACCCAAAAUUAAAAAAAUAAAACUUUGUGAGCGUGAAAAAAAACGCCAACUGCUGGUGUUUUUGAAAAGCGCGACCCUUCCAUUGGAAACUAUUUAAAAUGAACGCUGGUCGCCGUCGUAGCGCCUUUGUGUACACGCCUCCUUACUGUAGAUACGAUCAUGAGAAACAUUUGUCUUAUAAAACUUAUAAACAUUUCUUAGCUACUUUAUUCUGUAUAUUAAAGAAAAGCUUAAAAAAAAAUCAAAAUUUUUCAUUGUGGCAAAGCAGCAUUAUAGAAUAAAAAUGUUAAAGAUAAAACAUUACAGAAAUGAGGAUGUUGAACAGGGACGUCGUUAGGCCUAUUUUAGGGGGGCUGAAGCUACCCCAAAAUGUUCCUAAGCCCCCCUAAAUGACAGGGCUCUCAAGUGUAACGCAUUGAGCGUGACAGUCACUCAUUUCGGUCUUUUGUCACGCACUCCCGCCACACAUUGUAUUUCUCACGCAGAAAACUAUUUAUAAUAUAUUUAAUAUAUGCCGCAGGCCCGCAGCGCACAAAAGUUAUCUGGUCGCGCCGCUCUCACUAUGGAAACCGGCAGGAAUCAAGCGCGUAUCCCCUAGAGCCUGCCACUUAUCAGCCAAUCAAAAAAAAAAGAAAUAGGCUACACAAUAGCCAAUCAGAAAAUAGCACCAUUGUAUCUGGGUAAGAUUUAACGCAACAACCAAUGAAAGGCGUCAUGCUGCGUCAAGUUUCGUCUCCUCCCCUGAUCUGAGUCAGCAGCAUGGAUUUAGCGCGUUUAUCAAUCCGCAGGGGGCCGAGCAGAGCGAACAUCAGUAGUACAAGGUGUGUGCAGGGCGGACUGGCCAUGUUGACCUGGCGGCUGUUCUGACCCGCCGUGCAGUCGUCUCAGGUUGACAUGUGAAAGAGAGAGAGAGACAGACGCAGCGAGAUGCUGCAAAAUCAAUCACAGAAAUAUUCUCCAGGAAGGGAGCAGGUCAGUCACCAGUAAAAGCACGCGUCUAUAUAUUGCUUAUUAACGUAACAGGUUUUAAAGUCAUGUGCUGGCGUGAUGCAUUGCAUUAUGUACAGUUGUUGUACUGAACGCAUCAGGCAGAUCAUUUCAUGCAGCGAAACACCAGGUGAUUGUGAAGUGUAUCCUUUUAUAAAACUAGUUUUUUUUGUGGAAAAACUGGAUCAAACGUGCAAAUUGAGCUUUUAAUGGGCAUUUCACCUUAUAUUUGCAGUAAAAUAGCUUUUUUAAAAUCUAAUAAUAUAAUUAAAUUAUAGCUUAUUAAAUAUGUUUGUUUCAUUUCAUUUAAAAUAUUAAUAUUUUAACAUUUGAACUCCUUCCUUUUAAAAAGUGUAAGGCACCUGUGUAUUUGUCUUUGGUAUGGUAGUAUAAUGUGUAUUCCUAGUAAGUUUUUGAGGGUUCAACAUGGUAUUUUUAAUAUUAGCUUGGCUUGGUUUACCUAUCUUAACAUUUUAAACAAUACUAAAACGUAUCAACAAGUAAAGUAAAAUAAAACAACAAGUAAAAGAAAAACGUUUUGAUUAAACUAUAUCAGAAAGUAGUAAGUACCCAUCCAGAUUGUUUUAUCCAUUGUGGUAGCCCUUGCUUAUAAAAAGGUUGGAGACCCCUGACCUACAGUAUAGACAUAGGGGCUGUUUCCCAAACAGGGCUUAAGUCUUGUUCAAGACUAAAAUGCCUGUUUGAGUUUUAGUUCUUAACUAAAAGUAGCUUGCACUAACAUAUCUUAAAAUACAUCAGUCACGUUGUUUUGUCUCAAGAUGCACACCUGUAAUAUUUUUGUGCUUGUAAAAACUACAUAAACAUCCUAAUAUAACUAAGGCCUUGUCCUGGCUUAAUCUAAACCCUGUCCUGAAAACCACAUCAUAAUGCAUCUUGACAACUCAGUAUUAAGGUAGAUCACUUGUUGGUCAUUCCCCUUUUCUAAAUUUUAGAUCUGUAUAAUUUCCAGAUUAACACAGUGGCUAUCAACUAAUAAUAUUAACCUAUAAGAUUAGCAAAUCCGGUUUAUGUUUACAUUUAUGUGAACACACACAUUUAUCUUAUUUUCUGGUUAAAAGUUUAUUUUGUCAAAAAAAAUCCUUGGCUAAGGUUUCUAUGUGAGCAUAGAAAUGCAAACAGUAAAAUGAUGUGUUUGUACUGGAAAUGUGUACGUGUAUUUACACAGUGAAUAAUGAAUCAGGAAGUCUUCAUUGUAAAAAAAUCUCCAUUCCCAAAUGAACAUUUUCUAGUCCCAUAUAUGACACACAGGGAAUACAAUGGAAUAGUGGAUUGCAAUAAGGUUAGUAGUAUACAACCUAAUAGUUAAAUAAUA